AGCGCACAGGGUUGAUAGAUUUGUGGAAGCUCUGUAAUCCCUAGUGUGAUUCGCACUUUUCCUUCACCAGCAGCUAACUCGGAGCGCCCCGACUCAGCCCCAAUCCUCCGAGUCUCUGACAGUGGGUUUCCCGCCCCGGCGACUCCGACCCGGUAAAUCGCGGUAAGAUCGCCUAAAUUCUCACUCUAUUACCCUAAUUUUCCGUGUUUUUGCAUUUAGUUAUGAGAUUAAGUGGAUCGUUUUGACCUUGGAAUUGGAUUAUUAGCAACUGUUUGGAAGCCGAGAAAAGGUGGGAAAGUGAAAGAAAGUUAAAUUUUGUGUUUAAUCUGUAUUUUAGGUUUAGAAUAAGCAAAUUCAACGGUAAAUAACGGCAUUCAAGUUCUUUAAUCCUUAAUUAUGGGGUUAUCGAUUGUGCAUUUGUCUGUGAAAUUGUAAAUAUUUUUAAAAUUUUUUGGUUGUAUAUCUUACUGUAAUGUUUUUACUGCUGCUGUGGAUUGAAAGAAUUGUUUGAGUGGAUAAAAACUUUUACCCUUUGUUACUUUGGAGUUUCUGACAAAUGCAUGCUCAAAGUGAUGAGAUUUUCACCCUUUUACUACUGAUGUACAAAAAUGGAUGUUUUGUAUAGGGUUACUUUUAUUGAUACCGUCGUGCCUUAGCCUGAAAAGGGAGGAGGGUUCGUUAGGCACGGCGGAAUCACAUUCCUGUUCCGUCGUGCCAUGUGCAGCUGGGCGCUCAACUGGCUUUGCAAUUCAUUGUAAAUCGUGAAACUUUGAAAUUCAAGGUUGCAUUUGUCAUUCAAACUUUUGGUUUAAUGGUGUCCGAAAGGAUUUUUCUUGUAUGAUUGUUACUUCAGAUGGAACAAGUUUCUCUCAACACCGAGCCUGUAUUUGACGAAGGGGAUGACUAUGAAUUGGAGGGAGAUUUUACCGAGCAUGAUAAUGGAACUGGGGAAACACACAGAAAAAAGGACCCCCGAGAACCUACGGUGGGUUUGGAGUUCGAUUCAUUUGACGAAGCCUAUGAUUUUUACAAUAUCUAUGGGAAAGAGCAGGGACUUGGCAUCAGAGUAAGCAAUUCAUGGUUCAGAUCAAAGAGAAAAGAGCGGUAUCGAGCAAAGUUAAGUUGCAGCAGUGCAGGUUUCAAGAAAAAGAGCGAAGCCAAUAAUCCAAGACCCGAAACAAGAACUGGUUGUCCUGCAAUGGUAGUUAUCAGGCUGGUGGACUCCAAACGGUGGAGAAUAGUCGAAUUAGAGCUUGAACACAAUCAUCAGGUGAGUCCCCAAAUCAAAAGGUUUUACAAGUCACAUAAGAAAAUGAUCCUUGCUGCCAAAAGUGCACAACUGCAACCGGAGCCUGUUACAGAAGUUCACACUGUCAAGCUGUAUCGAACACCUGUUUUGGACGUUGGGUGCAGUGGAUACUCAAAGUUUAGCGAAACUGAAGAUGCCUGAGGAAUGUGUUUUGGGCUGAUGCUAGGUCCAGGGCUGCAUAUGGCUACUUUUGUGACGCAGUUGAAAUCGACACAACAUGCUUGGCAAACAAAUUUGAAAUCCCCCUGAUUUCAUUUGUUGGCAUAAAUCACCAUGGAAAAUCAGUUUUGUUGGGCUGCGGCUUCCUUGGGCAAGAAUCAGUGGAAAAUUUCGUUUGGAUGCUCAGGGCGUGGCUCAAAUGCAUGCUCGGGGGCCCUCCACAAGUCUUCAUU